AUGGCCCUGAGUUUGCACAGGGCACUAAAGGCCUCUGUUAAGCUCUCCACGUCCUUCAGGGUGUUCAGGCGUCACUUUCAGAAGUUGCCACGAAUACACAGCGGCAUGAUGUGGAGGUUAGUAAGUUGCACACUGUGCCUGCUUGUCUCUUCACAGCUCAGUUUAUGGUCUGUUUGGGCGACAGCAGAUGAGCUGGACGGCGAGGUCAAGAUGGAAGUUUUGUUCAAGCCCGAGACGUGCACCCCAAAGAGCAAAAGAGGAGAUCUGAUGAACGCUCAUUACGAUGGGUACCUCGCCAAAGAUGGGUCUCAGUUCUACUGCAGUCGAUCAGACAAAGAUGGACACCCCCAGUGGUUUGUGCUGGGCGUCGGACAAGUCAUCAAGGGCCUUGAUAUAGGGAUGGAAGAUAUGUGUCCUGGAGAGAAGCGGAAAAUAACUGUUCCACCUGCCCUGGCCUUUGGAGAAAAAGGCAAAGGUCCAGUGCCUCCCAAUGCUACGGUGGUGUUUGAGGUGGAGGUCUACUCUGUGUCCAGGGGACCACGCACCAUGGAGGCUUUCAGAAACAUAGACCUUGAUAAAGACAAUAGUCUCACGAAGGCCGAGGUAAAGGAAUACUUGAAAGCGGACUACGAAAAAAGUGGAAAGCCACGUGAUGACGCUUUCUAUGAGAAGAUUAUGGCUGACAUAUUCCGCAAGAAUGACCAAGACAGAGACGGACUGAUCAGUGCAAAGGAGUAUAAUAUUUAUGAACAUGAUGAGCUCUAGUGUUUGAUCUUGGUAAUUAUUUUAGUUUCUGUACUUUGAUCAAUUAGAAAGAAACCAUGAAUAGGUAAGGGGAAAAUCCACCAUCAGAUGUACAUACACUGGGGAUUUUCAGUACUUUCUGGGUGUUAUUUUGUGAUGAAACUUUACUUUUCUGGUCUACUCAUGUUACUCCAACAUGCCUUGUCACUUCUACUUCAGUUAGUGGUUUGCUACUUUCCGUAGAAUGCCUUUUGAGAGUCCCUUGGCACAAAGCUACUGUGGAAGUAGAAAAGUGUAUGUCUUCCUCUCUGUGGUUGGUUUCACCCCAUACGAUUUUCCAGCACCAGUUCAAUGGUGCAAAUAUAGAGAGAAGUCUUGGCUCUUUGAGUCACUGACUCCAAAACCUUACAUCGUUAUUGGUAAUCUUUUUGAAAUGGUUUUGCUAUGAAAUGAAUAGAUUCUGGGUGGAUUUUUCCUUUUUAAAAUGCAGACAGGACAUAGAUGUGUUGAGGUAUUUAAACAGCUUUCCCAGACAGAAAACUAGCAUCUACAUGUUUUGUUUUUUAAAGUUAAAACUGUGCAAGAAAGAACAUCUCCAACGCCUGUGAAAACCUUUGAUUUUUGCGCAAAUACCACUCAAUUUUAGCAUUUGAAUUUUUUUAUUUGUGUCUUAAGUUUUGUCUUUUGGUGAACAUUGAUUCAAUUUGCAGCACAAAGAAGAAACCACAGGAUUGCACCAUGCUGUGGAAUCAGGGGCUUAGAUGUAACAUGUGAGAUUUUAAAAGGUUUAACCAGAAAUGAGAAAGGAACUUAAAUUGUUCAACCUUCCUGUGAAUAUCCUGCCCUCUAAUCUGCAUCAUCAUAUUGAAAAGGUGACUGCAAACACUAUUCUUUUCUUCUUAAAUCCAAUUUAAACCUAAAGCCUUCAAGAAAUCAGAUGUGGCAGUGUUGGAGAAGAGAAGUUUCAACAUGGUUGAUGAUAAAAUGCACAUGUAUGUCAGACAUGUUUACAAGUUUUGUGUAAGUCUUUAUGUGGUCAAACUCAUGACUAUCAUUGUAUCCAGCUGAACAAUUGUUUUUACUAAUGCAAUAAAUAAAUCAGUGUGUGUGGAAAACUC